UCUCUCCUCUCUCUCUCUCUCUCUAACUGGUUAGGCUCUCUGUCCGAAGUCAGACACCUUUCUCUGCAAAAUCUCUGCUAUUCAUACAAAAACAUGUCUCUGAAUAAUGCAAUUAUAAUCCUCUCUCUCUCUCUCUCUCUCUCUCUCUCUCUCUUCACAGAAACAAUGUCCUCUUCUUUAUUAUUACUUCUCUCUCCCACACCAUCAAUGCUAUUUACCAUUUCGCCACUCACUUUCUUCUUCUUCUUCUUCUGGGACCGAAGAAAGACCCCAUAUUCCUCACCUGCUCUGUUUCAUGUUCCUUAGGGUUUCAGAUUUCAAGGGUUUUUUGUUGGUUCUGCGCGCACCGUACGUUACGCCACUCCGUCUGGGUUUAAAAAAAACCUCGAUGGGCGUUGUUGUGUCUGAUGCUUGAAGUCUUGCUCCGAGAUUCAGACAGAGAUUCUGGUCUGAAAUCUUUUUGAUUGUCUGAAACUGCUGGGCAAAUGGGGGAAGUCAGAAGGCAUUCUGUUGAUGUUCCUAUAACGAGAACUCUUGUCGCGCUUAGAAGGGUCAGGUCACUGAGGGAUCCAUCCACGAAUUCUAUGAGCAAGUUUGCUUCUUUCCUCGACAAUGUCAAAUGGGAAGCCUGUUCAACCAAUGGGAUCUCGUUGCAGUUCCUUAGCCGUGGCGAAGAUGACGAGAGUCCGAGUGGUCGUGGUAUUGAAAAUGUAGCUUCCGCUUCUGAGGCAGAGCAGUUUCUGGGUGUCAAGGCAAGCAGAUCGCCGAGCGGAAGAUGUCCUGAUGAUUUAACCGGUAGAGGCAGAGAAUUGGUAUGUGUUAGUAGUCCUGUCGAGGAUGAUGUAGAUUCAUCGCGUAGCGAGGCACGAGAAGAUAUUUAUCGAAACCGCUGUCCUAAAAGAUCGAAUGGGUUGGUCGGCGACUUUGCAAGUCGUGUAGGCAGUCCAAUGAAUCACAACGUGUCCAUGGAUGAAGAUCUUGAUAUGGUUGAUCAAUGUAACCGUGGUGGGUGCGGGAUAACGUAUUGCUGGUCAAGAACUCCGAGGUUUAAGGGAUCCGAGAAUUCUUCCAACGCAGAAGAUUAUCCUUUGUUGUCGGGAAACACGGAUGAAUCUCCGUUAUUCAGGAACAAGCUCCGGAAACGUGGAAGCAACGAGUUAACUCCCUGUCUGGAAAUGCCGAGGAGCUUGAGUCAGAAGUUCAGACCAAAGUCGUUCGAUGAAUUGGUAGGACAGGAAGUUGUAGUGAAAUGUCUCUUAAGCUCGAUUUUCCGAGGUAGAAUCACUUCGGUUUAUCUUUUUCACGGCCCUCGGGGCACUGGGAAAACAUCUGCUUGCAGGAUUUUUGCCGCUGCUUUGAACUGUAUCUCGCCUUCCGAUCAUAGCAGGCCGUGCGGUUCGUGCCGAGAAUGCGAUUUGUUCUUCUUGGGGAGGAGCAGGGACAUGAAGGAAAUGGAUUCGGUUAAACUAAACCGGCCCGAUCAUCUCAGAUCUCUCAUCAAAAGUCUGCAUCGUCCUCCGGUUUCAUCAAGAUUCAAGAUUUUCGUUAUAGAUGAGUGUCAAAUCUUGUGCCAAGAAACAUGGGCAACUCUCUUCAACAGUUUGGACGGCUUUUCUCGGCAUGUGAUCUUCAUUCUCGUCACCUCGGAGUUGGAAAAGCUGCCUCGGAACGUUGUCUCUCGGUCUCAGAAGUACCAUUUCCCGAAAGUGAAAGACGCUGACAUAUCGAACAAGCUGGAGAAGAUCUGUCUCGAGGAGGGUAUCGAUUUUGAUAAGGCUGCACUCGAUUUCGUUGCCUCGAAAUCCGAUGGUUCGCUUAGAGAUGCCGAGAUUAUGCUCGAUCAGCUCAGUUUGCUCAGUAAAAGAAUCACGACUUCCUCGGCCUAUGAGCUCAUUGGAGUUGUUUCCGAUGAUGAACUGCUUGAUCUUCUCGAUCUCGCCUUGUCUUCCGACACUUCAAACACGGUGAUACGAGCAAGGGAGCUGAUGAGAUCGAAGAUAGAUCCAAUGCACCUUAUUUCUCAGCUCGCUAAUCUCAUCAUGGACAUCCUCGCUGAAAACUGCCCGGAAAGUAGCUCGGAAACCAGACAGCGGUUUCUUGCAAGGCAUUCUUCCGAAGAAGAAAAGCAGAAACUGAGUCAUGCCCUGAAGAUACUUUCAGACGCCGAGAAGCAUUUGAGAGCAUCGAAAAACCAGACGACCUGGCUUACCGUCGCGCUUCUUCAGCUCAGCAACUCAGAUUCAUCUUCCAUCACGACAAACGAUUCUGGAUCGUGUUUGGAUCGCCAAAGAAGCAAAGAUGCCGAUUUCUGUUGCAGUGCAUCUUCGGAAGGCGAAUGUCUGAAGCGACUUUCUCUGUGUCACUGCGAGAAAUCGCAAACGGAAGAUCGGAUAGAUAACCACGAAGCUACUCUGGAAUCUGCGUGGAAAAGGGUGACGGAGUUAUGCUGUUCCGAUUCGUUGAAGAGUUUUCUGUGGAAACGAGGGAAGUUAACUUCGCUUACCGUUGAGAAAGGUAUGGCAGUAGCUGAGAUGGAAUUCUACGCCCCUCGACAUGUAUCAAGAGCGGAGAAAUCGUGGAAAGUGAUUGCGGAGUCGUUCCAAUCGGUGUUGGGAUGUAAGAAAGUCGAGAUCCGUAUAAACCUCGGCGUCGCAUCCGCGCCAAAGAGUGCGAGAACGGGCAAUCUUCUGUUUGGAAUUUUCAGUUGCUCCCGUAGAAUACCGCAGAACCAAUCUCCGUCAGGUAGCAGCGACUGCGAGUACUCAGAUUGUGCGUCCGAAAAAACGUCGAAAGCUCUGAGAAGUAGCGAAGGAAACGUGCUAAGCUUCGGGAGGACAACUUACACUCACAUGGACGGUCACCAGGACAUGGCAGAGAGCAAACAUGGAGAAAGGGAUGGAUCCGAGGUGCUUCGUUGGAGGACUCCACAGAGAAAGGGACGGGGCGAAACGCUUCAGAACACGAGGUCGAGGCUGAUCGGCCGAGUUCUUCCCUGCAGUGCCGCAACUUAGUCAGUCAUUCGAGAAAGGCUUUCCGUUCCCUUUUUUUUUUUUUCAUUUUGUGAAAAUCUCUUAUUAUUUUUUGGACAAAGGGGGAAACAAUGUAUAGUUGCAACAUUUCCAGUUUUUUUUUUUUUUUCUUAAAAACAUCUGAAACUGUUACUUUCACUCAAUUGGGACAAAAUGAACGCUGAA